AUGGAUCUCCCCUCCGAAAGCUUGACUGCAGGGCAGCAGCACGCCUCGACGGCUGUUUCACUGAUCAGUGGCAGCGUUGGUGGAACAAUGCAGGUAUUGGUCGGUCAGCCGCUCGAUACGAUCAAAACACGCGCUCAGAUAGCUCCCCCAGGAACGAUUACCGGCCCGAUGGACGUGGCGAAACGGACAUUAGCACAAGAGGGUUUCUUGGGCUUUUACAAAGGAAUGCUUUCGCCCUUGUUUGGGGUGGCGGGAGUCAACUCGCUUCUCUUUGGAGCUUAUGCAGUAUCGAAGCGGAUCGUCAGUCCGUAUCCCGACCUUACUGUUCUCCAGACAGCUCUUGCAGGUUCGAUGGCAGGGGCCGUCAACAGCGUGCUAGCUUCACCGGUGGAAAUGUUCAAAGUUAGAAUGCAAGCUCAGUACGGGAAACCUAACGAUUUGAGAUUACGAGAAGCAGUCCGCUUGAUGUGGGAGAAGUGGGGAUUUCGACAAGGAAUUAUGCGCGGUUUUUGGGUGACUGUCGCUCGUGAAAUCCCUGCUUAUGCUGGCUUUUAUACGGGAUUCGAGGUUAGCAAGCAAGCCUUUCAAAAACGAUACGGCUCAGCCCAGACCUUGCCAGUCUGGACCCUCCUGUGCAGUGGGGCCAUGGGCGGCAUCGGAUACUGGACUUGCUGUUACCCUCUUGACGUCAUCAAGAGCCGGAUCCAAAUGGCAGACCAGCCACCUAAAGGUAUCAACUACAUUGCCGACACAUGGCGGACUAUUUGUAGGGAGGAAGGCGGUCGGGCUUUGUUCCGGGGAUUAAUGCCAACAUAUCUUCGAGCUGUUCCAGCGGCAGCUUCCACUUUCGUGGGCUAUGAGCUCACAAUGGAGUUCUUACAAAAGCACACCAACAUUUGA